UGGCCGCAAACAGGUCAAGUUCUUAGAUUCGUUUGCAAUGCCAAGCUCGUCUGCACAAAUCUCGACUUGACUCAACUAAUAAAUUCCCCUAUUAUCCAAGUACCUUCACUACUGUCACCUCCAUGGACUCAGCCGAGUUUGUACGCGGUGAACUUACUUCCCUGCUUGAAGGUCUUCCAGAAGGCGAAGCAGCGAACGAUGUGUGGGUAGACGCUAUCUUGGAAAAAUACAGCGAGCCGCAUCGCUACUAUCACACCCUGACGCACCUCGAAGCCAUGCUCCGGUGUCUACAAGCAAGCAAGAGACACAUCCACGAUCCAACAUCGCUUUCCCUCGCCAUUCUCUUCCACGACAUCGUUUAUAACCCUCAGGAGAGGAACAAUGAAAUCCUGAGCAUAGACAUGUUCGAAAGGUUUGCUAUGGACAAGUGCCUUCCUGCCGAGCAAACCUCGAAGGUGUCUCUUUUCAUUGAAAGAACCAUCACACACACGUUACCGGAGGAGGCCGGAGAGGAGGGGAACUCGUCAGACUUGCACUUUUUCUUGGACUCCGACCUCGAGGUUUUGUCCCGCCCUUCGGAUGCCUACCGCGCAUAUGCAUCUCAAAUCCGCAAGGAAUAUUCGCAUGUUCCUAUAAAUGACUACCGGGCAGGCCGUAUCGCGGUGUUGCAGAAGUUUCUUGCGAGAGAAAGGAUCUAUUUCAGCCAGGAGUUCCAUGCAGAGUGUGAAGCAGCUGCUAGAAGAAAUUUACAACAGGAGAUACAUGAUCUGACGGACAGUUAAUUCAUCUACAAGUGGUAUUGAGAGUGGAGCUGUUCGUACUUCGAACCCAAUAUUGGAUAUCAAACACUUGAUGCACGAAGAUGGGGAGAGCUAACCCAUUGAAGCACCGAGCCAUUGAAGCACCGAGCAUACCGCUCGGCGCUGGCCACGA